UCACUUUCCAGAAUACACCGCAGAUCUUUUUUUUUUUUGUUCGUGUUUUAUCCCGGACAACUAUCUCUUAUCGGCAUCUGCGUGACUGGUAUAAAAGGACCGGCUGAAAGUAAGGGACUCGCAUUCGGCAGGAAAGGAAACCGUAAAAAGACGACUAUGGAGAAAGCAACAAGGUUUGUCCUCGCUGUGUUCCUCAUCGUCAUGACAACGAGCUGCACUCAGGGUCAAAUGGUCACGGCAUGCACUUCCUGCACAGGCGGAUCAGGCACGAGCCAGGUCACCCAAAAUCCUGCUUCCAGCACAAAUCCAGUGAUCACAUCCAGGACCACUGGUGCAAACGACAACAGUGGUGAUGCAUCGACCUCGGGGUCUCCGAUUCCCCCAUCGUCCACCCCGGUGUUCACCCCCACCGUGUCAGGUCGACCCGCGGCAUCUCCCGGGAACACUCCGAGCCCAGGGGAGACGCCGUCCACCUCUGAGCCGUCCCCGAGUGGGACUAACUCUCCCGGAGCCACAACAUUAAAAGCGGGGACAUGUUGUUUGUUUUGGUCCUGCGGUCCAAUGCUGCUGUCUGUCAUUUCAACUCUCAUCUGGAAUGCAUAAACCACCUUAACUGCUAGUUAAGGGAUUCUUAUGGCCCUAUUCCUGGGUGAAUCUCGCGUAAGGGGGAGAGGGGUCGGUUAAUCAUUUUGUAAUGCUGAAAAUGAUAGAAAGCACCACUCUAUAUAGCAACUGACACACUACUGCCACCUGGCGGCCUAAGUUGAUAGUACACCCCCCCCCCGAUUCGUCACGUUUCAUGUGUCAGGUAAACCGUGACGAAUGGGGCCAUAUGAAUCCCCUUCCUACUGUAUGAUCUUAUUGUGAAAAAAAUAUUAUUUAUUAAGUAAAAGGUUAUUUUCCGAUUCAAAUAUGGUGGCGAAUUAACUGAUAAUUUUUGCAUUAUUGUCGUUGAAAAAACAACGUUGAUUUAAUUAAACUGAUUCCAGUCCAUAUAAUAUUUAUGUACAUGUUGACAUCCUGAUCAUCACCAAGUGUUUAUGAGUGUGGUAAUUUUGACACAGGUGUUGUUUUAAUUA